AUGACGGGUGUGAGUACAUCAUACCACCAUAAGAGUCAACCGCCUCAUUCUGCGGAGGAUACGACGAGUGCAGCACUGGAGUGUGGUAUUGGUGGACGUAUUGGUGGCUAUAACUGGAAGAAGUGUCAUUUAACUGGCGAGACGACGACUUGUGGAUCUGAACUCCAGAGUUUUGAGGCGAUGACAUUGAUGUGGAAGGAGUCGAGUAGAAAUCCGAUUUCGGUCUCCACAAACGACAAAAUCACAGAUUUCGAAGACGUGGACUGUUUGGGUAAUUCAAACGAGCAAUUUUCGAUCGGACCGUACUCAAUAAGGUCCAGGAAGUCCGGGAGCUCGAAGUCGGGCCGCAAAUUAAUGAAUCUGAGCGACCUUGUUUCAGGCUCGGAAGGUUCAAUUUCCAGCGACUCAGACUCGGAAAGCACUUUUGGAGCUUUAUUAACGUUCGAGAGCUUGGACUUGAGAAGUUUGGAGAACGAGCUCCUUCGCUGGCCGCCCUUCUGGGGACUUCUGGUGUACCUUGGCAACGUGUUCAAGCAAGUCGACAACUCUGGUGGAGUAACCGUACUCGUUGUCGUACCAGGAGAUAAGCUUGACGAAGGUUGGGGUCAGCAAGAUACCAGCCUUAGCGUCGAAAACAGAGGAUCUGCUGUCGGUAACGAAGUCGGAGGAAACAACAUCCUCGUCAGUGUAACCGAGAAUUCCAGAAAGUGGACCCUCAGAAGCCUUCUUGAUGGUAGCGCAGAUGUCCUCGUAAGUGGCUGGCUUCUCCAAGUUGACGGUCAGGUCAACAACGGAAACGUCGGUGGUUGGCACUCUCAAAGACAUACCGGUCAACUUACCGGCAAGAGAAGGGAGAACCUUACCGACGGCCUUGGCGGCACCGGUGGAGGAUGGAAUGAUGUUGCCAGAAGCAGUUCUUCCUCCUCUCCAGUCCUUGUGAGAUGGACCGUCGACGGUCUUUUGGGUAGCGGUGAUGGAGUGAAUGGUGGUCAUCAAACCAUCCUUGAUUCCGUAAGCAUCGUCGAUGACCUUAGCCAAUGUAGCCAAACAGUUUGUAGUACAAGAAGCAUUCGAGAGGAUCUUGACGUCUGGAGUGUACUUGUCCUCAUUCACACCCAUCACGAACAUUGGGGCGUCCUUGGAUGGAGCAGUGAUGAUAACCUUCUUGGCACCGGCAUCAAUGUGCUUUUGAGCGCCCUCCAAAGUGGUGAACACUCCGGUGGAGUCCAAGACGUAGUCAACGCCCUCCUUACCCCAUGGGAUGUUAGCUGGGUCUCUCUCCUGGAAAACCUCAAUCUUGUGACCGUCAAUCACAAGGUACUUUCCCUCGGAAGUAACCUUACCCUUGUAGUGACCGUGGGUAGAAUCGUACUUGAACAUGUAAGCGGCGUAGUCUGGAGCAAUGAAUGGAUCAUUGAUGGCGACCACGGUGAUGUCCUUUCUUGUCAAGGCAAUUCUCAAAACGAGUCUGCCAAUUCUUCCGAAACCAUUAAUACCAACUUUGUAAGUCAUCUUAUUUCAAUGUUACCUUUGUAUAAAGAGCAAUGA